AUGAACGACCAGGAAGCGAAGAAGAAGGAAGGCAUCACACUCCCCAUUCCGCAGCCCGGUCCCUACGGCCACGCUCGCAUGUACCAAGACUUCCGCUGGUCCAACGCUCAACGCGAUCGCUUCCUCGCUGACGGCACCCUUCCCUUUGACGUCAACAACAUACCCUCUAACCUCAAGCCUGCUCCCAUUGGCAUGUGGAUCUUCGAUGGAAGAGGCAGCACCCAACACUCCAUGCCUGAGAUCGAGCUCAACCCUAUGCCUGAUCUUGAACGCAACAAGGCGAUUGUAGUCAUCGACUUUGGCAUUCCUGACUACCUGUGCAUGAUCCCGCCUGGUCUUUGUCGCUUGGUGCCUACUGGUCCUGGCAAGGCACGUCUGGAGCCCACUUUCGGCAACAUGUCUUGA